AUGUGCAACAUCCAACAAUUCAUCUGCAACCUAUGCAACCGCCUCAAAGCAGUCUCCCUCACCUACUGCAGACAAGCCCUGGAUGCCGGCCACAUCCCCUACUCGCACGUCCUCAUCGAGAUGAAAGACACCUUCGUCUGGACGCCCUAUGAAGGCUGCGAAGGGCUCCCAAUCGACGCGGUGGCGGCCCGCUGGAUGAAGUGCGGCUCGUUCGACUUUACGGAUGACGAGGCUGAGAUGGAUGAACAGUUUGAUGCUGAUGAUGAGAUGAGCGACUAA